ACAAGCCUCCCAAAUUCUUUAACUUUGUCCUCCCCAUUAGAGAUGGCAAUGAGUACGAGUCAACUUGGUAGCUUACCACCACCAUAUUGUUCCCCAUUAUUCCCAUCCCCACACUUCUUUUUUCCUCAACCCCAUUCAAUCCGGCAGCCGUAGCCUGAGGAAGUCCAUUUCUGCGGCCUACAUUCCUGACACCCACCAAGGUGGGGAUAGCAUCCAGAGAAAAGCAUGGCUGGAAAAUUUAAAGAGUGUCUAAUGCUAUGUUGUUCAAGAAAGCCUUUGCAGGGAGAAGAUCAUAGUAAUAUGGCGAAAGAUUCAUACGAGGACGCCAUUGCAGGACUCAAGAAGCUUCUCAGUGAGAAAGGUGAGCUGGAAGUUUUUGCGGCGGCAAAGAUCAACCAAUUAACGGCCGAGUUGGAGGCGACCGCUGACAAACCGUUCAACCCGGUUGAGAAGAUAAAAACCGGGUUCGCUCACUUUAAGAAAGAGAAAUUCGAGAAAAACCCUGCUUUGUAUGGUGAGCUUGCCAAAGGCCAGAGCCCCAAGUUUUUGGUAUUUGCCUGCUCAGACUCGCGAGUUUGUCCAUCACAUAUCCUUGAUUUCCAGCCAGGUGAAGCCUUUAUUGUCCGAAACAUUGCAAACAUGGUUCCUCCAUAUGACCAGACAAAAUACUCUGGUGUGGGGGCAGCAAUUGAAUAUGCAGUGUUGCAUCUGAAGGUGGAGAACAUUGUGGUCAUUGGACACAGCUGUUGUGGAGGGAUAAAGGGGCUCAUGUCUAUCCCAGAUGAUGGGACCACUGCUAGUGAUUUUAUAGAAAAUUGGGUCAAAAUCUGUUUGCCUGCCAAGGCCAAGGUGAAAGCAGAAUGCGGCGGUUUGGAUUUCACAGAACAGUGUACCAACUUGGAGAAGGAGGCUGUCAAUAUAUCACUCGGAAACCUAUUAACUUAUCCCUUUGUGAAAGAGGGUGCGGCGAAGAAAACCCUGUCUUUGAAGGGCGGACACUAUGAUUUUGUCAAGGGAUCUUUUGAGCUUUGGAGUCUUGACUUUGGCCUUUCACCCUCUGUAUUUCUAUGAGCAACUGUCAAUUUCUUAUACCUGCCUUCUUUCAUGUUAAAUUUUCCUCUAUUGUACUUCCUGUCGCAAAAAAUGUCCCGAAAAUAAACUUUGUUGGCCUAAAUCUAGCUGCGUGAAAUGUAAUUCGUACUUUUUUUUUUUAUCUUACAAUCCAAUUUCCAUUUGUUUUAUCUUCUUUAUUUUUGAACUAACUUAUUUGGUACUGUAAAUCUUUGCCAAUAAAAGCGAA